AUGGGCUUCUUUAUAUCACGAUCAUGGCGCCUGCCGAAAAUUAUCUACUUCCUCAUGGUCUUUGAACUGCCAUUCACCGUGGCCAACCUUGCGCUCUUCGGCAUCGCAUCGCCAAACCUAUACCGCAACAUCUUAUGGAGGGUAGGAGGCGAGUUGGGUUUUAACUCGAAACCAGAUACAGUCCUGUAUGCGUAUGCGAAUUAUCGACCUGUGGAUACACCUUUAGUGUGGAGUAGCUUUAACACCCAGUACCAUCUCGUAAUCGGCGUAGUAUGCAUGUUCUUCUGGCUUGUCAAGGUGACCUUAUGGCUCCUCAAGGUCUUCUUCCCGAUCCUAUCGCUCCUCCUUCAUAUCGCUCUCAUGACCCUAUGGGCCUACGGCAUUCACAUCCAAACCGCGCCCGACACAAUCGACCCCAAGCACACAAACAACGGAGCACCCUGGUACAUAACAAAGAGCUGUAACAUCGUGGACGACAAGCACAUCAAGAGUUACUGCAUGCAAGCAAAGAGCAGUUUCGCCGUCAGCAUCAUCAUGCUUGCCAUCUACGCUGUCUUCGUCGUUCUCUCAGUCUAUUCCCUCAUCCCGACCACGGCCCAAAAACAAGCACACGCAGCCAGGAAAGCGGAAAAGAAAGCGGAGAAGGAGAAGUGGGCCUCCUCACCUUACGACAACGAGAUGACCGCCGAGGAACAAUGGCAGCACAUGUGGGAACUUCAACAACUGCCUCGUACACCCGGUACUAUUGGUGGCAUGAAGUCACCCAUGACACCACGGACACAAGCAUUCAACAAUCUUGGCGGUGAGGAGGCUGGGCAUGGAGGCUAUUACAGCAACGUGCCAACAGGAGGUAAUGCGUGGUACGGACCACCGCAGACGCAUGAAGGGACUAUAACGGUCAGUCCAGUAAUGGAGCAAGACGAAUACUACUCCUCGCACGAAGGCAAGGGGAAAGCGCCGGGCUGGGGCGUGUGUGUCGGUGCCGUUUACAUCGAUACCAUCCUAACGUACGUACUUGCCGUAUGCGGUCUCGCCGAGAACAGAGCGCCCACUAACCGUCAAACAUCCAGUGUUCCCCAUUUCCCCAUAGAAGAUGAGAAGCUACGCGCCAAAUCCAUAACACGAAGAAGAGGCGGAAACACAGCAAACAGCCUAGAAGUGUUAUUGCAACUACAACAACAUGAUCCCGAGACAGCGCGGGAUCCUCGAUCCACAGACUUGCAUCUGUUAGCCGUACUUCCUGAAGAGAACUCUGCUGCGUCAAAAUUCAUCUGCGAAUCACUGCCUCAAGUGAAGAUAUCAGACGUAAGUCUGUUUCGCAAACAGUAUCAGGAAGCGGCAUCUAGCUAUAUUAUCCAAAGUGAGGAGAACCGGUCGCGCACGAUUGUCAGUAUCAACCAGCUACCUGAAAUGCAAGGAGACGAGUUUAUGCAACAGGUCUGUAGCUUUACUGGAGGAGGUGGUGGUGGUGGUGGUGGUGGUGGUGGCGAUGGCAAAGAGCAAGGCUGGGAGAAAGCGUGGUUCCAUUUCGAAGGCCGUGUUCCAGAAAUCACGCUCUUGUGCGUUCGUUUUCUACGCGAACAGUUCCCGCACUUUAAGAUCAGCGUGGAGUGUGAGAAGCCAGAACGCAAGGGUAUGGCUGAGGUCGCGCAGUACGCAGAUGUGGUGUUUUAUUCGAAACUCUGGGUCGAGAAGAAUGGGUAUACAGAUGCGAAGAGUUUUCUUGGAGAUAGGAGGAGUGAGACGAGAGAUGGUGCACUGUUAUGUUGUACAUGGGGGUCUGGAGGCGCGGCUGCGGUUCAGAAGGGGGAUGAUGAGGUUUGGGCGGAUGUUAAGGCGUGGCAGGCUGGACGAGAGAAGCAAGCAAAGGUUGUGGAUACUAUUGGUGCUGGGGACACCUUUAUUGCUGGUAUGCUGUUUGCGAUUAAUGAGCAUGAUGAGUGGUCGUUGCAGCGGAGACUCGAGUUUGCGAAUGAGCUGGCUGGGAGGAAGGUUUUGCAGGAGGGGUUCGGUGGCCUGGGGAAGAAGAUGUGGUAA